UCCUGAUGAAGAAGCAUCAAUAUGGCGUCGUUGAAUUCGAAAGUAGACUUGGCAAAACAAUGUAUUCCUGAUUCAUCACAUGGUGUGAAAAGGAGCCUUUCUGAUUUUGAAACACAACUAUUAUCCGAUGAUAGCGAUGAAAUCUUGGAAAGACAUAGAUCGAAAAAGAAGGGUAGUGAUUCUGAAUAUAGGGAAAAUGUCUCUCGUCCUGAAGAAAACAGUGGUUCUUACUUUUUGGAAAACAUUAAGAAAAACACGUCGGAAUGGACAGCAAUGAUAUUACCGAAUUUCCAAAUCAAGUUUGACAGUGACACUUAUGCUUCAGAAGAUUAUGACGUAUUUACGAAGGGUAUUUUGCAUUUUAUUGAAAAAGCAACAUGUUCUGAAAUAUUCAAUCUUUUUUUGAAAGGUCGAAAAGAAGAUAAAGAAAAAUAUGAGUGUUUUCAGUACGCACUUCUUGAAGUUUUUGACAUUGACUGUUGCCAUAUUGAUGAUAUUGAUAAUGAGGACAUACAGAUAUUAAACCAGAAGAUUGAAGACUGUCAUUGGAUUGACACCUAUAUAGCCAAGACUGAUUGUAAUCAACGACUUGUCAGAAGAAUCUGUGAUAGAGAAUUGUGUACAACUUUGAAUAUGUUUAUGUGGCAGCUACUACACAUGCAUAGAAAACAAAAAGAAAAUAGACUAAAGAAACUUUCAAAAGGAAUGUAUCAAGAACUUUUUGUCUCUUUUGCAAGAAUAUUUGGCUUAAAUAUUGUGAGCGGUUCCAAUGUUGAAGAGUACUCCAUAACAAUUAAAGAAAAUGACUUUGUUGCAACACCAGAUGCAAUUAUAUGCCAUCCAUCUGCCUUUGAUAGUGACAAAAUUUUUGCUGUUAUAACGGUAAAACAAGAUCAAGAUGAAGACAAUGAUCAAGUCGAAAAUUUAAGCAAAAAACAGAAAAAGUCUCAUGAAGACCAUAUUUGUUCCUCCCUAAAAGGUCAACAUUGUGGACAGUUCCUGUGUACCUUACCAUUCUCAGUUUUCGGAAAUCGUGGAAUGUAUGGAUUUGUUGUACAAGAAACAAAUGUGACAUUAACAUGUUUUAAACCAGAUGAUGGAUAUUAUGAAGAUUCAUGUAAUGGAUGUUUACGAGAGAAAGAAGCAGUUGUGACAUUCAGUAAACAAUAUAAUAUUCUAAGGAAAAAAGACAGAAGACAGUUAGUGGAUAUGUUUUUGGAUUUUGAAAAGUUACUGAAAUUUCUUUCUGUGAAAUGAUAGUCAUCAGGUUUCAUUGUUAUUAAAUUCAUUUUGUAUAAAAAUCAUUUUAACUUUC